GAAAAAACCCAAUUCGUAAUUGUCAUUUCCUUCCGUUUCAUUAUCAUUACUCCAAACUUCCUUUUCUACAGCUCUGAAAUGGCUUCUCAAAUCUCCUUUUUCCCGUUGAAUACUGGAGCUAAGAUCCCCUCCGUCGGACUCGGAACUUGGCAAGCACCUGAAGGUCUCGUCGGUAACGCCGUUGCCGCCGCCGUCAAGAUUGGGUAUCGCCAUAUUGAUUGUGCUCAAAUCUAUGGCAACGAGAAGGAGAUUGGUUCAGUUCUCAAAAAGCUUUUUGAAGAUGGUGUAGUUAAGCGUGAGGAUUUGUGGAUCACUUCUAAACUCUGGUGUACUGAUCAUGCUCCGGAAGACGUUCCUACAGCACUUGACAGAACCUUGAAAGAUUUGCAGCUUGAUUAUGUUGAUCUAUACCUUAUCCAUUGGCCAAUACGGUUGAAACAUGGAUCUACUGGCUUUGCUCCUGAAAACUUUGUUGUGCCAGACAUACCGAGUACAUGGAGAGCCAUGGAAGCACUCUUUGAUUCUGGAAAAGCCCGAGCUAUUGGUGUAAGCAAUUUCUCCACCAAGAAACUUGGAGAUUUGCUGGAGGUCGCUCGUGUUCCUCCGGCUGUCAAUCAGGUUGAGUGUCACCCAGGAUGGCAGCAGAACAAAUUACGUGAAUUUUGCAAAUCAAAAGGAGUUCAUCUAACUGGAUACUCUCCAUUGGGUUCACGUGGGACAACUUGGUUGAAGGGUGGUGAUGUUCUUCAAAAUCCAAUUAUUAAAGAGAUCGCCGAUAAUCUUGGUAAGACACCUGCACAAGUUGCCCUUCGCUGGGGACUACAAAAGGGUCAUAGCGUGCUUCCAAAAAGUACUACCGAGUCAAGGAUCAAAGAGAACUUCGAAAUUUUCGAUUGGUCCAUACCCGAAGAUUUGUUUGCUAAGUUUUCUGAGUUCGAUCAAGCAAGGAUCCUUAGAGGAACCAUGUUUACGAAUGAGAAUUGCGUGUACCGGACUGUUGAGGAAUUGUGGGAUGGAGAGAUCUAAAGUUGUCAGCUAUCAGUUGGAAGGUCGAAAGAGAGCCUGUUUGUCUAUGUUUCGUUGUAACGGUUGUAUGAAAAUAAUUCAAGUUUGAUUAAUAAUCAUUGUUGGAACUCUGAAGCUGUAGGUUUCAUUUCAAAUCUAGAUCAGUUUUCUUCUAUGUUAA